CAAUUGCAACUAAUUAAUAUUUAUUUCUCAUAAAUGGGAUAAACUUGUACAAUGAACACAUGUUGUAAGAAGGAAGAGAUUUAUACUUUACGAAAUUCGGCAUUAUCUCUCGAUAUCUAAAUUAAAAAGUCAAAACAUUCCCAAUAAAUCAAUAAAGAAUAGGAAAAAGUGGAGGAUAAAAAGUAAAAAAAGAAAAGUGAUACUGUUUCUGAUUUAAUGGUUUCCUCAUAACAUAGUAAGGUGUCAAUAAAGCAAAUCGAAAAGAAUCUUCCUAUUCAAAAUCAAGAUGCAAACUAAAAUCCUCUAAUAAAAAAGAGUAUGGCAACUAAUGAGAGAAUUAAGCUUCCAUUAAUAUUCUUGCCAAAUGGCUCAUCUUAUGAGGGAGAAUGGCUUCAAGGGAAGAGAGACGGUUAUGGUAAAUAAUCUUGGCCAGAUGGGUCAAUUUAUGAAGGAGAAUGGAAAGAUGAUAAAUCUUGCGGAAAAGGAAAAUUAGUUCAUGCUGACGGAGAUGUGUAUGAAGGAGAUUGGGUUGAUGAUGCUACAAAUGGAUUAGGCACCUAUGUUCAUGUGAACGGAGCAAAAUAUCAAGGAGAGUGGUUAAACGAUAGUUAACAUGGAAGAGGAAUAGAGACUUGGCCAGACGGAGCCAGAUAUGAAGGAGAUUAUUAGUUUGGGAAGAAGCACGGUAAAGGGAAAUUGAAUUUUGCUGAUGGUUCUUUUUAUCAAGGUAGGCCUAGGAUAUUAUAUUUAGGUGAAUUUAAAAAUAAUGAAAUCUAAGGUGUUGGAAAUUAUCAAUGGUCAGAUGGGAGGUAGUAUGUUGGAUAAUGGAGUAAAAAUAAAAUGCAUGGCAAGGGAGAAAUAAAGUGGUCAGAUGGGCGACAAUAUACUGGAGAAUAUGAAAACGAUAAGAAACAUGGCAAAGGAGUGUUUAUUUGGUAAGAUGGAAGGAAAUAUAUUGGAAUUUGGUAGGGAGGCAAAUAACAAGGAGUUGGAAUUUAUUAUUCGACUGAUAAUGUAAUGAGAAUUGGAGAGUGGAUAGAAGGAAAGAGAGUUAGAUGGUAUAAUAAGGAAGAGAUAAAUGAAUUGGAAAGAAAAGGUGUUCUCGACGAACUGAGAAAUUAAUGA